UCUUCAAACAGAAGGAAUCUCUUUGCUUACAUAAAACUCUCAUUACAUAUAAAGAAAUGGCGUCCGUACUCCCUCAAACAAAUCUAGACGCCGCCGACACGCUCCCUGACGCCUGGGACUACAAGGGCCGCCCCUCCCUCAAAUCCUCCUCCGGCGGCUGGACCAGCGCCGCCAUGAUUCUCGGGGUUGAGGCCUUCGAGAGGCUGACGACGCUGGGGAUUGCGGUGAACCUCGUCACGUACUUGACCGGAACCAUGCAUCUGGGCAAUGCCGCGGCCGCCAACAACGUCACCAACUUCCUCGGCACUUCCUUCAUGCUCUGCUUGCUCGGUGGAUUUGUUGCUGAUACUUUCCUCGGAAGGUACUUGACCAUAGGCAUCUUCGCCACAGUUCAAGCUACGGGAGUGACGCUGCUGACAAUCUCAACCACAAUCCCGAGCCUCCGGCCGCCGAAAUGCAACCCGAGCAGCGAGGCCUGCAUUCCGGCGACCGGGAAGCAGUUCUCGAUCCUGUACCUAGCCCUAUACCUGACGGCCCUCGGCACGGGGGGGCUGAAGUCGAGCGUGUCCGGGUUCGGGUCUGACCAGUUCGACGAGACGGACGACAAGGAGAGGAAGCGGAUGAUCAAAUUCUUCAACUGGUUCUUCUUCUUCAUCAACGUGGGAUCGCUCGGAGCGGUGACGGUUCUUGUGUACAUCCAAGACAACGUCGGGAGAGAAUGGGGGUAUGGGAUCUGCGCCCUGGCCAUUGUUUUGGGGCUGGUGGUGUUCCUCUCCGGCACCCGCCGCUACCGCUUCAAGAAGCUCGUCGGCAGCCCGCUCACGCAGAUCGCCACCGUGUUUGUGGCUGCGUGGAGGAAGAGGCGCCUCGACCUCCCCUCCGACCCCUCCCUUCUCUUCAACGUCGACGACAUCCCUGCCGCCGCCGAAACGCAGAGCAAGAAGAAGAAGCAGAUGUUGCCACACAGCAAAGAAUUCCGUUUCUUGGACAAAGCAGCAAUAAACAAUGCUGAUUCGACACAAAAAGGGAAAUGGUACAUGUCGACACUAACCGAUGUGGAAGAAGUUAAGAUGGUGAUAAGAAUGCUACCAACUUGGGCCACCACAAUAAUGUUUUGGACCGUCUAUGCUCAAAUGACCACAUUCUCCGUCUCCCAAGCCACAACUCUAGACCGCCACAUCGGCUCGUUCGAGAUCCCGGCCGCCUCCCUCACCGUGUUCUUCGUCGCCAGCAUCCUCAUCACCGUCCCCAUCUACGACCGCAUAAUCACUCCCAUCUGCCGAAAGGUGUUAAAGAACCCGCACGGCCUCACUCCCCUCCAACGUAUCGCGGUUGGUCUAGUCCUCUCCAUCAUUGCCAUGCUGGCGGCUGCAUUGACCGAAGUCAAGAGGCUCCGGGUAGCGCAGUCGCAUGGCCUGACACAUGACAGUGAGGCCACUCUGCCGCUUACAGUCUUCAUCCUGAUCCCCCAGUUUAUUCUGGUGGGGGCCGGGGAGGCGUUCACGUACAUCGGUCAACUCGAUUUCUUUUUAAGGGAGUGCCCUAAAGGGAUGAAAACAAUGAGCACAGGGUUGUUUCUAAGCACAUUAUCUCUAGGGUUUUUCUUGAGCUCAACAUUGGUGACCAUUAUCCAUAAGGUGACUCUGAACAAGCCGUGGCUUGCGGAUAACCUUAACGAAGGCCGGCUUUAUGAUUUCUAUUGGCUAUUGGCGAUUCUGAGUGUGUUCAAUUUGGCAAUAUUUUUGUUUUGUGCAAAGAGGUAUGUGUACAAGGAGAAGAGGAUGGCUGAGCUAGGGAUUGAGUUGGAAGAAGGUGAUGACCUAGUUUGCCAUUGAUUACACUUCUAAAUGCAAGAAGUGUAGGUUUCAUAAUAUAUCCUUGACUGCUUUUGUAUAAAAAUGUUUGUGGAAAAGAGUCACAAAUAUGAAAAGCAAGUGACCUUUUCUUUUUUGGGAUUGUUUUGGUUGUGAAAUACUAUGUAGUUAGCCAAAAUAAUGAUGAGAGGUAGGAUAAUAAUUAUGCAGAAAAGGCGAAUGCUAAAAGUUCGACUGCUGUGAUAUAUAUGUACUCAACUUUUGUACAUUUUGGAAUUGAUUUUAAGCUUUAUCUCUA